GGGCGCCGCCCGGGCCAACCACCUGCUCGAUGCCCAUGACAUGAGGAGUGAAUGGAACUCUCCUCCUUCCUCCGUGCCCUGCUGAGGUGGCAAGAGAGAAUACAUAAAUACUGCCGGGCACACAUGACCCCCGCCCCCAUCCCCCCAUGUUCCUGUUCUUCCCUUCCCUCCCUCCCUUCUCUCCCCCUCCACUCCACUGAGUAAUUGCCUGCCUGCAGCGCCACCGUCCACCGGCACCGCACCGCCCUCUCUCUCUCUCUCAACCAUCCAAGCUCGCUCUCAUUCACUCUGCACAAGUCGGGCAGUCACCAGCUCGCCACUGACCGAUCCGUCGGUUCAAUACUUCGCCGAAGCGGGCGGGCGGCGAUGGGGAGGAAGGGCGGCCUCGCCUCCAUCUUCUCCUCCAAGCCCAAGCAGCCCGACGACUCGCCCUCGGCGCCGUGGCCAUGGCCCUCCUGCGCGGCGACCCCGCAGACCGCCUCCUUCCGCGGCCCUAGGCGGCGCCGCCACGGCGGCGACGACGACGACCGGCCCUGCACCACGGGCUCCUCCGAGCCCGCCGCCGGGAGGCUCCGGCCGCCGCGCAAGGCCGCGGCGGCGGCGGGCGGCGACGAGAUGUACAAGACGGUCAACUCGGUCUACUUCGACGACGCCGCCGACUCCUGCAGCUUCUUCUUUGACGACGACGCCUGGGACGGCGUGGGCGAGGACGCGGCGGUGGAUGAUCUGGACCUGGACCUGGACGACGGGAGCUUCUCCAUGACCACUGCGUCGGAGGAGUGGUCGGAGGCCGUCAUCCGCAGCCUCGGGCGGACCUCCACCGACCGCUUCUUCUUCGACGCGGGCCCCGCGGGGCCGGCGUCCAACUCCAUCCUCGCCGCCUCGCCGUCUCCCGGCCGGACGACGGCCCGGGCACUGGCCCCGCCGCCCGAGGCGCCCACCAAGCUGCAGGUGCUGGCGUCCGCGGAGGCGCCGGCACCGUCCGGCGACCACGGCGCGGACUCCGACUCGGAGGAGGACGAGCCGCCGCCGUCGACGUCGCUGGUGGAGGAGAGCGUGGCGGUGGCGCUGGACUCGGAGGACCCGUUCCGCGACUUCCGCGCGUCCAUGGAGGAGAUGGUGGCCGCGCACGGGCUCCGCGACUGGGCGCAGCUCCAGGAGAUGCUGCUCUGGUACCUCCGGAUCAACGGCAAGCGCCACCACGCGCUCAUCGUCGGCGCCUUCGUCGACCUGCUCGUCGGCCUCGCCACCAGCAGCGGCGGCGCGUGCGCGUCCCGCUCCCACGCCGCGGCAACGACCGCAACCACCACGACGGCGACAAUGACGACCACGACGACGUCGGCGUGCAGCACCAGCACCAGCACCAGCAGCAGCUCCAGUGCUAGCAGCAGCGGCGGCGGCGAUGUUACUGCCGCUGCCGCUGCGACCAGCAGCGUGCCCCUGUGGGAGCAAUGCGGCGGCGGGAGCGCCGGGGCGUCGUGCUCCUCCGCCGCGUCGUCUGAUCUGGAAGAGGAGGACGACGAGAAGGCAACAAGUGCAUGCUAGCUUUGGCUGCUCUUGUCGCCGCACUAGCUAACCUGUCGGCUCGUUGUGUCGCCCAUGGGCCAUGGCAUCUCUAUACUACGGAGUGUAGAUCUCUCUGCGUAAACCUGUGCAAGCAAUCGGCUCCCUUACCAAACAUAAAUAUUUUCUAUUUCAUGUUUAUGUAGCUAGUGUCGGUGUUGCGUUCUUGUUUGGGAUCCACUGUCUUGACUAAUCAACUUGUUCCAUGCAGUUGUUGGUACCAUCCAUAAUAAUUCCCCAAAAGUUCCAACGUA